CAUCAAUUGUUCAAGUUUGAUAGAUAGUCGUAACGUAAGAACGCAUCGCGCACUGAGCUUCACCGUGACUCACAAUGUUAAUUUUUUUAAGCACACUCUCUAAAUCUGGACGACCUACUGUUAGAGUAAUUUCUCAAGCCCCUCGGGCUCGGACACGACACAUCUCGGUGUGAACUGUGUUUGUCAUGUCACUCUUUGUGGAUCUCACCAGCUUCGCCACGCGCGCGCAGCUUGCAAACGACGCGCAUUCGUCGCGUGGAGCUCAUGCUGCUCGGGCAUCCUAAAGGAAUAACACCUUACACUCGACAGGAUGAAGGUACGCUGGGCAUUCAUCGAGAACGAACACGAAACAAGUUUUUUGUUUCGUUUAUUUAUAUGAAUCAUUCCUUACGGGCAAGAUGGUUCAAAGAGCAAACUGUGUAACAUAUUUCGGAAAAACGCUUCUUUACGCACAAAAGAAGCUCUUCGGUGUCAUCUAACAGAAAUGGAGGAAAAGGCUUACUGGAAUCUGAAACAUGUCUCAGUCCUUUAUAUCCUAAGGACUCAUGACACCCCCGAAUAUAUAAGAGAACACUGAACUGGUGAGUAAAAAACUGCCUUCAGAGUGAUAACUUAAACUUAUCAGAAUUAUUUCCAUGGAUGUAGGAUCACUGGUAUGCUGCUAAGAUAUCCUAACGUUUCUCUGAUCAACUGAACUGUAUCUAACAGGACAUUAUUUGUGCUGGAAUAAAUAAACUGGAAUGCUGGACAUUUUUGUGCAAUGGGACAUGAACUGGAAAUAUGAAUUUUGGCUUGAAAAAUUUAAUCAAUGCUACCUGAGGUGUGACUGGUCUUAAAGAUGACGUGAUUGAACACUUCAUGAAUUGUUUUUACAAUGUAAUCAGAUUCUAAAAAUCAGGACAAAAUGGCAGUAAAGGAUUUGAAUGUGACAACAGUCAUUGACAGUGGUUUCAUGGAAAGUGACCAGUCAACGCGGGUUCUGACCGGUUGCUUUCUUUCUCUUCUAAUCCUCUCCACCCUGCUCGGGAACACACUGGUUUGUGCAGCUGUCACAAAGUUCCGGCACCUGCGCUCUAAAGUCACAAACUUUUUUGUCAUCUCGCUGGCGGUGUCAGACCUGCUGGUGGCCAUUCUUGUCAUGCCCUGGAAAGCUGUGACAGAGGUAGCCGGCUUCUGGCCCUUUGGCGCAUUCUGUGACAUUUGGGUCGCAUUUGAUAUCAUGUGCUCCACGGCUUCUAUCCUGAACCUCUGUGUUAUCAGCGUGGACCGAUACUGGGCCAUUUCCAGCCCCUUCCGCUAUGAGAGGAAGAUGACUCCCAGGGUGGCUUUUGUGAUGAUCAGCGUAGCUUGGACUCUGUCUGUGCUCAUCUCCUUCAUCCCAGUGCAGCUCAAAUGGCACAAAGCACAGCCAACGAGCUUCCCAGAGGCCAAUGCUUCUCACAGAGCUCUGCUGACGGACAACUGUGACUCCAGCCUCAACCGAACAUAUGCCAUUUCCUCUUCGCUCAUCAGCUUCUACAUUCCUGUCGCCAUCAUGAUUGUAACAUACACCCAGAUUUACAGAAUCGCCCAGAAGCAGAUACGACGGAUCUCGGCUCUGGAAAGGGCUGCAGAGAGCGCCAAGAUCCGCCAUGAUAGCAUGGGCAGCAGCUCAAAUGUGGACUCGGAAAGCUCCUUCAAGUUGUCAUUCAAAAGGGAGACAAAAGUCUUAAAAACCUUGUCUGUUAUAAUGGGUGUUUUUGUGUGCUGCUGGUUGCCCUUUUUCAUCCUGAACUGCAUGGUGCCGUUUUGUAAGAGAACUUCAGUCGGUCUCCCCUGCAUCAGUCCAACAACUUUUGAUGUUUUUGUCUGGUUUGGAUGGGCUAACUCUUCUCUCAAUCCUAUAAUAUACGCCUUCAAUGCCGACUUUCGCCGAGCUUUUGCCAUCCUUUUGGGAUGCCAGAGACUCUGUCCAGGAAGCAAUAGCAUGGAGACACCAAGCCUAAACAAGAACUGAAAAGCAGCCCUCAUGUCACACCAAUCCUUUGCCAACGAAGGCUGUUGGAAAAUGACGGAAAUGGAUUUGGGAUUAAGACUCUGGGAAGAGAGCCCUCCUGCUGUGCUGGAGAGCAAGGGAAACUGUUGCGACGUCCCUAAAGCGAGCUUAUCUCUGCAAAAAGCUGUAUUUCCCCAAAGAAUGAAGCAAAGGUGGUCUGUGUGUUCCCGGUGUCUAUUUCAGACAAAGCUACUCAACAGAUCAUUAAAUCCACAAGUGACUUGCUGAAAUGAGAGAAGUGAUGUUUUAUAAACAGAAAUGUUUCUUUGCACUUUAUUUUACAGUACCAAACGGGUACUUAGUGUACAGGUUUAUAAACGAUAUGAGCUAAAAGUAUAGUUUACUCAUUUACUCAUUCAACUUCAGGGUAAGUUGCAUUUUCUGCUAAACACAUGAAGAAUUUUAGUGACUAAAAAGACUUCCAUGUUAGGGAAAAAUAUAUACUAUAUAAGUUAUUACACAAUUAUGAUAAGUACAUAGUAUGUACAUGCAAAACAGGACCGUAAAAUAAAGUGCUACCAAUGUUUCUUUUCAAAGAUCAAUUUAGAUCAUAUUUUCAUUUUGAAGAAACUGGGCAAAACUGCAAUACAUUGGAACAAAUGUUGUAACAACAGAAUUUGUUCAUAAAGCUAUCAUUCCAUUAUUUAUCACUGAAAAAAAUGACCAUCAGUAGGGCUGUGCGAAAUGAAACGUUGCGAUUAGCUUAUCACAAGAGGCGGCGAUGUGAAAUAUUUAUGUAUUAUUUAAUUUCCCCCAACCAGAGCAAAUGCGAAACUGCCAGCUGUGUGCGAUAUUCUUACUAGCCAACUGAGUGAGUAUACUUCUGUUUUGCCCAAUCACAACCUAACAUUGUGUGGAAUCGUGUGAAUGGCAUCAUGUGGAAUGGCCAAAAUAAAAAUACAAACAGACAAGAAAGCGCGAACAAAUGGGAUGAUGGCGUCUGCCGCUUCAGACUAAUUAAUAUCAAAGAAAAACAGGACAUCGGUAAUAUGGGAAUAUUUUGGUUUCAAAGUCAGAGACACCAAACAAAAACAGGUAAUUUGUAAGAGCUGUUGCAGAAUUAUAGGUUGUACGUUGGGCAUUGACGUCGGCCUGAUGUUGGGUACUGACGUCAACUCGAUUUUCAUUUCCAAACAAAAUCCAGCAUCCCCUUGAUGUUGGGGUAUAACUUCAAUAAGAUGUCAUCUUGACGUUCUGUGCGUGCAGGAUAGUAGCAAGCAACAGCAAAGUACAAUUUCAGAGUUGUUUCAGCCA